GUUGAUAGUUGUCAUUUUCGUCAAAUUUGUCACUUGUCAAAAAACCAUCGGUGUUCCAAGGCGAAGAUAACACAGCAAAAAAGUAAUUUUUGCAUUUUCCUUCAGUUUUUAACGAAAAAAGACCAAACUUAAUUCAACAUGAGCGCCUGGAGACAAGCCGGUCUUAACUAUAUCAAUUACUCGAACAUCGCUGCCAAACUACUUAGACAAGCUUUGAAGGCUGAUUUAAGGACAGAAGCUCUUAAGAGAAAUGAAUCACACCUUAAGGUCACAAAGUGGGAAGGUGGCAAGCCUAUUAAUGCUAGAGAAUAAACUAGAAGUACCUCUUAAUCCUCAGAAUAUUAGAUCCAACAUCAAGUGAUUAGAAUUUAAGGGUAAAAAGUGUUUUUAUGUUGAAGUUCACUGUUAAUAAAUAAACAUGAAAAAUAAAUUAGUACAAUAAAA